GGGCUGAUGGGAGAUCUGAGGCCUCUGAUAGAAACCACGUGUUCCUCGUCUCAUCUCUCAGCUCGUCCUUGUUUGUCCUCUGCAGCGUCACAGCGUCACUUCUCCUCGGGUUCACCAGAGGAAACAUCGCAGCUCCAAAAUGCUUCUCCUCCCAGCCGCCGCCCUGUGCUGCCUGUGUUCAGCGCUGGUUUCCAUGGCAGCCGAGCUGAUUCAGGAUGAUUUAUCAUUGACCAGGAGAGUCGGUGAAGAAGUCUCCUUCAGCUGUGGAGGCACUGAUCAGUGUGGUAGCUACGUAUACUGGUACCAAAAGAAAGACACAGAAACAUUCAGAGUGAUUCUUCGUAUUGACAGGAGUACUGGAGCUUUAGAUAAACGCUACAAUCAUCCACAGGAAGAUGAUUUCUCAGCUGUGAAAAAGAAAGGCUGGGAGCUUCAGAUCCAGAGAGUUAAAGACUCUCAUUCAGCCACAUAUUACUGCUCCUGUUGGAUUAGUGUCUGUUUCACUGUGUGGGGCAUCUUUGGCUCUGGAACUAAACUGUUUGUAACAGAUGAGCAGGUGGUGAAGCCCGUGGUGAGCGUGUACCCGGCAGCAUCGAGAGCCCAGCUGGAGGAGAAGAACUCUCUACUGUGUGUGGCCUCAGCCAUGUUUCCUCCUCUGGUCCAGAUCUCCUGGAAAAAACAGAAAGUGAACGGUCCUCUGCAAGAUGCGCACCCUGCUAAGGCGAAGCAGCAGGAGCUGAGGGAGUCGGGGUGCAGCGCCUCCAUCUUGACGAUCCCUCAGAGAGAGUACAGCACCUAUAAAUACCUCUGCUCAGUGCAGCAUCAGGGGGGCACAGUGAAUGCUCAAACAGGAACAGAGGUCCCAGUUCCUACGACCUCCAGUCCUCCAGAGAGAGAGCCGACAGACCUGCCAACUCUGCAGCCGACUGACAAUCCAGCUUCAAGCUCAGCAGCCCAGGCACCUACAGCCAAACCAGCCUUACAGGACGCUGGAGAAGGAGUGUCCUUUCAGUCUCAGUGCAAGGUGAAGCUGCUGACGCUGCUGUACACGGUGCUGAUACUGAAGAGUCUGGUGUACUGCUGUGGACUCUCUCUGCUGAGGAUCUUCAGAAACAACAAACCGUCCAUCCACUGAACAUGUGCUGACUGAUUGUCUUCUGAUGUUAUGUGCCGUAGUGUUUUUGUAGUUUUUAUGAAAGAAGCUUGUUUGUGAAAAAGUAAAGCUCUAUGCUGAUGACACUGUGUUUUUUGUACAUAAAUGAACGCACUGCAGGGUGGGCUACCUUUAUCAAUUUAUUCCAUUUACAGCUUUUAUCAACAGUCCAAAAUGUUGUCUAAGAAGUCUAAUACCUAAAUCUUAUGGUUUAUCUUCAUCUUCCUGUAGUUCACAAAUAUUUAACAAAAUUGAAAAUAAGUCAAGCAGAUUAUUUAAAAGUACAUCACCAGGUUUAACAUCCUGCUACUGUUGUAAGUUUGGGGGCAUUGACAAUCAGCAACUGAAUCAGAAUAACUUUUAUUGCUAAGUAAGGUCUGGCUAAUGUGAGAGCCCACACAUGACGACAAGUAAUGACAGAUUUACCAGUUCAGUUCUUAUAGUGUGUGUGGAGAGCAACGAGAUGACCGACUCAGCACACCACACACUCACAGAUUCAUUCAACAACAGUCUCCACUCUCAGAACUCGUCAUCUCCCGCUGUCAGACACGAUUUAAGAGUAAACAAACAUGAUGGUCAAGCUAAAUGUGGCUAGCUGUUAGCUGGUACUCCUGUCCUUGUCAGUUGGAUUGUGCUUUGUUUUACAGACACGUUGUGUAAACACUUGUGUUGUUGAAACAAAUCAACAAGUUGCUCCUCCAUUUAUGAAAUCCAUCUAACUUCAUGCUUUGUGUUUGCUUGUGUAUGCUUUGUGUUUGCUUUGUGUUCUCCCAACACAACAGGAUGUCUGACAAUUUAAAAUCGGGGCGGCGAGGUUAAAAUCACACACUUUACACCACAGGAACAUCUGGUGAGAUAAUCUUUGGAACUGUCAGAUAAUCAGGCUUUUGUUGAAUUUGGUCAGAAGUGGAGAAUCGGCCCCGAAAUCGGCUUGAUUAUCUUGUUGUGUGUACCCCACUUAAGAUUACAUAUAUAACACAAACGUCUAUCAGAUUGUAUCGUAUACAGAAGGAAUUUGUCUUGGUGUUAUUGAUGCAUUAUUGUUUAUAAAACCCACAUAAACAGCAGUACUGCUACUGUCAAGAAGUGUAGAAAUACUGUUACAUAGCAGCAUAAAUAUAAAGCUAAAUCAAAUAAAAGAGUAAAAGAUGUGUCUUUGGUGUAUGAAAGGAGCUGUGAGUGUUUUGUUUUUCUUUUUAAAUAAAAAUCUGUCUUUUUAAGGAUUUCAUUUAGCUUCACAAUAAAUAUGUAAAAACAC